CAGCGCCCGGGGGCGGCGGCGGCAUCACCAUGGGCCGGCCGGGCAGGGUGCUGCGGCUGCUGGCGCUGCUGGAGCUGCCCUGCUGCCUGCUGGAGCUGCUGCUCGGGGAGGCGGCCCGCGGGCAGGAGAUGUACGCGCCCCACUCCAUCCGGCUGGAGGGGGACAUCACCCUGGGCGGCCUCUUCCCCGUGCACGCCAAGGGCCCCCUGAGCUCCCCCUGCGGGGACAUCAAGAAGCAGAACGGCAUCCACAGGCUGGAGGCGAUGCUCUACGCCCUGGACCAGAUCAACAGCGACCCGGACCUGCUGCCCAACGUCACUCUGGGAGCCCGCAUCCUGGACACCUGCUCCCUGGACACCUACGCGCUGGAGCAGUCCCUCACCUUCGUCCAGGCGCUCAUCCAGAAGGACACCUCCGACGUGAGGUGCACCAACGGCGAGCCGCCCGUCUUCGUCAAGCCGGAGAAAGUAGUUGGAGUGAUCGGGGCGUCGGGAAGUUCCGUGUCCAUUAUGGUGGCCAACAUCCUCCGGCUGUUCCAGAUCCCACAAAUCAGUUAUGCCUCAACUGCCCCCGAGUUGAGCGAUGACAGGCGCUAUGAUUUCUUCUCACGGGUGGUUCCUCCAGAUUCCUUCCAAGCACAAGCAAUGGUGGACAUUGUGAAAGCUUUGGGAUGGAAUUAUGUGUCCACUUUGGCAUCUGAAGGGAAUUAUGGAGAAAAAGGAGUCGAGUCCUUCAUGCAAAUUUCCAGAGAGGCAGGUGGGCUCUGCAUCGCCCAGUCCCUGAAGAUCCCCCAGGAGCGCGAGAACAAGAGCAUCGACUACGACCGCAUCAUCCGGCAGCUGCUGGAGACGCCCAACGCCAGGGCCAUCGUCAUCUUCGCCCACGACGAGGACAUCAGGCAGAUCCUGGCAGCAGCCAAGAGGGCAGACCAGGUGGGCCAUUUCCUCUGGGUGGGCUCCGACACCUGGGGCUCCAAGGUGAGCCCGCUGCUGCAGCAGGAGGACGUGGCCGAGGGAGCCAUCACCAUCCUGCCCAAGAGAGCCACCAUCGAGGGCUUUGACACCUAUUUCACCUCUCGCACCCUGGAGAACAACAGGAGGAACGUGUGGUUUGCAGAGUACUGGGAGGAGAACUUCAACUGCAAGCUGACCAUCACUGGCUCCAAGAAGGAGGACAAGGACAGGAAAUGCACAGGGCAGGAGCGCAUCGGGAAGGACUCGCACUACGAGCAGGAGGGGAAGGUGCAGUUCGUGAUCGAUGCCGUGUACGCCAUGGCCCACGCCCUGCACCACAUGAACCGCGACCUGUGCGCCGACAGCGCCGGGCUGUGCUCCGAGAUGGAGAAAGCCGGGGGCAAGCGGCUGCUCAAGUACAUCCGCAGCGUCAACUUCAACGGCAGUGCUGGCACUCCAGUGAUGUUCAACAAGAACGGGGACGCCCCGGGGCGCUACGACAUCUUCCAGUUCCACAGCAGCAACACCAGCACGCCCGGCUACCGCCUGGUGGGGCAGUGGACAGACGACCUGCAGCUCAACGUCGAGGAGAUGCAGUGGGGCGGGGGCGUGCGUGCCGUGCCCCCCUCGGUGUGCAGCCAGCCGUGCCGGCCGGGCGAGAGGAAGAAGAUGGUGAAGGGCAUGCCGUGCUGCUGGCACUGCGAGCUGUGUGACGGGUACCAGUACCAGGCCGACGAGGUCACCUGCCUGCUGUGCUCCUACAACGAGCGGCCCAACGAGAACCGCACCGGCUGCCGCUCCAUCCCCAUCAUCAAGCUGGAGUGGCACUCGCCCUGGGCCGUCAUCCCCGUCUUCCUGGCCAUGCUGGGCAUCGUGGCCACCAUCUUCGUGGUGGCCACCUUCAUCCGCUACAACGACACGCCGAUCGUGCGGGCCUCGGGCCGCGAGCUCAGCUACGUGCUGCUGACGGGCAUCUUCCUGUGCUACAUCAUCACCUUCCUGAUGAUCGCCAAGCCCGACGUGGCCGUCUGCUCCUUCCGCAGGAUCUUCCUGGGGCUGGGCAUGUGCAUCAGCUACGCGGCGCUGCUCACCAAGACCAACCGCAUCUACCGCAUCUUCGAGCAGGGCAAGAAGUCGGUGACGGCGCCGCGGCUGAUCAGCCCCACCUCGCAGCUGGCCAUCGCCUCCAGCCUCAUCUCCGUCCAGCUCCUGGGCGUCUUCAUCUGGUUCGCGGUGGACCCGCCCAACAUCAUCGUGGAUUACGAUGAGCAGAAAACUAUGAACCCCGAGCAGGCCCGAGGAGUGCUCAAGUGUGACAUUACGGAUCUACAAAUCAUUUGUUCCUUGGGUUAUAGCAUUCUGCUCAUGGUGACGUGCACUGUGUAUGCCAUCAAGACUCGGGGGGUCCCAGAGAAUUUUAAUGAAGCCAAACCCAUUGGAUUCACUAUGUACACUACCUGUAUAGUAUGGCUUGCCUUCAUUCCAAUAUUUUUUGGCACUGCCCAGUCAGCAGAAAAGCUCUACAUCCAAACCACCACGCUCACCAUCUCCAUGAACCUGAGCGCGUCGGUGGCGCUGGGGAUGCUCUACAUGCCCAAGGUUUACAUCAUCAUCUUCCACCCCGAGCUGAACGUGCAGAAGCGCAAGCGCAGCUUCAAGGCGGUGGUGACGGCGGCCACCAUGUCCUCGCGCCUGUCGCACAAGCCCAGCGACCGCCCCAACGGCGAGGCCAAGACGGAGCUCUGCGAGAACGUGGACCCCAACAGCCCUGCUGCAAAAAAGAAGUACGUGAGCUACAACAACCUGGUGAUCUAGGCCCAACUGCCGUGGGGCACGGGCCACCAGCCCACCCGCCUCGCUGAGCUCCCCGCACGGGCUCUGGGGAACCGGGCACGGGGGAGGCGAGAGGAGCCCGGCUCCAGGCCGCUCCCGGCAUCUCCUCCAUCGCUGCCGGCUCUGCACGGCGCUGGCCUCAGGGCUGCCAUGGCCUUGGGGACACCGUGGCCUUGGGGCCUCUCCAGCCUUGGGACCGCUGUGGCCUUGGGGCCGCCAUGGCCUUGGAGCCGCCAUAGCCUUGGGGCCGCCAUAGCCUUGGGGCCGCCGUGGCCUUGGGGUUUCUCCAGUCUUGGAACCUCUCCAGCCUUGGGGCUGCCACGGCCUUGGAUCCACCAUGGCCUUGGGACUGCCAUGGCCUUGGGGCCUCUCCAGCCUUGGGACCACCAUGGCCUCAGGGCCACCAUGGCCUCAGGGCCACCAUGGCCGCGCCUCAGGAGCGGCUCCCUGGGCCGGCUGCACUCGGCUGCUCUGGACUCUAAUGGGCUAAUUCUGUCUUUCUAUGUACUUCCAGGCUGCAAGUUUUUGAACUCUCUGUACAGUUUGUGAGGAUUUUUUGCAUAUUGCCAUCCAUGUUGUUCCGAGGUCACUGUUUGUUUUUGGAUGCACAGUUUCCUUGAGGCCCUGUGCUCUCGGCACCUCUCAAACCAACCGACCACUGAGGAUCUGAGACCUGUGUACAUGACUUGUAUUAUUAUUCUUGUAUCACUGCAAUCCAUAUACCUUAUUUUUUUUAACUAAACAAACAAACAAACAAAAAAAUAAUUUAAAGACCAAAAACUGUGCUGGCGAAGUUUGUCCCCCCCUUCACACCUCCGAUGGGCUGCAGAGGAAGCAGGAAGGAUUUUUGCUGAGUUUUAGUAGAGGUCUUGAUCUUUGGAAUGCAUGCCAGUAAUGUAUUUUAUGGUACAUGUUAAUAAUUUAUGUUUGAUAUUUGUAUUUGUGUUCUACUUUGUUCUUUUCUUUAAGGUAUAUGACUAUUUUGCAAUAAUUUCAAUGAUUCUUAGGAUAUUUGGAGGAAAGAAUAUGGCUUUUACAUGUCUUGAGGUUUUUCUUUGUUGAUGCCCCACCAUGAUUGACCAGUGUGAUAAGGACUUACAGAAGCAUGUAUGUUUUCUACUGUUUGUAAUAAGUAAUUUCGUUAAUCUUGCUGCUUAUGUGCCAAUUUAGUGAAACCAAUCUUUGCCGCAACCUCCUCCCUCCCUUUCCAUUCUCUCGAUCCUGUGAUAUUAUCCAAGAAUGUAUCAAUAAAGGAUUUUGGUUAACUUUU